CUGCGUUUGGCCGGGCGGCAGUGUAAUUUGUUCUAAACAAAGUAGGACCGAGCCCGCAGAGGCCAAAUGAUAACAAUAGACUAAACCGUUUUUUAUUGUUGCUCUUGUUUGAAUGUCUAACAUAAAGCGUUUCAAGAUACCAGCAAUGGGUCCUGGAUAAACGAAGGAAUAUUCCAGAAACACCGCGGACUGCGGGGCUUGGAGUGCGGGCAGCGGCCCGCGGCUGAGAAGGAGCUUAGCAGCCGGGAGAAGCACAAGGAGUCGCCGGCCAUUGUGUCCUCAUCCCUUACUUCCUGAUUCUGUUCUGGGAGAGUUCAGACCAGUAUCAUCGCCAAGAUAGCCGGGCCAGGCAAGAAGAGGCACACCUCAGAUCCAGACCCCAGCAGCGGUAGUGAAUCCGGCGACGGGCGGCCCAUUAGUGCCAAGUGCCCGAAGAUGGCCAGCAGUGGUGGUAACGGCGUGGCUGGUUCCGAGACAGUGGGCCGUCGCGGUGGGGCUCAGCAGAGGGGGGGGAGUGGCAGGGACAACAGCUCGGACCUGUCCUCCAGUACCAGUAAGAAGAAGCAGAAGGACCGGGCCAACCAAGAGAGCAGAGAGGCCAAGAGGGCAGCCGCUGCAGCAGUCGACGGGGUCAUUGCAGAGGUCAAGAAAGAUGUGUUUGUGGACUGGAAGCAGAAUGUCAAUGAAGUGACGGUCAGACUACGCUGUGGGGAGGGGGUGCAGAGAAUAGAGGAUAUCAACACAACCUUCACUGAUACACACUGCCAUGUGCACUUCCCAGAUGGACGGCAGUGGAGCUGCCAGUUGCAGGAGGAGAUUGAGGCCUCAUGCAGCAGAGUCCAGCACAAGGAGAAGGGAGGCUUCCUGCAUGUCAUCAUGCACAAGAAGAUUCCCUUCCACAUCUGGCCUUCGCUUAAGUCAAACAAGAAGGAGAAGGACGAAGUUCCUAUUGAGACCAAAAAAGAGAAGGAACCAGAGGGGAAGUCCGUUGACUCGGAGUCAUCAGAGAAACCCAAAGUGUCCUCCACCCAGCCAAAACCACAGCCCCCCCACACACCUGCACACCGCAACAAGGCAGAGCGGGGGACAAAGCGUGGCCUGAAAAACAAACAAGCGUGUGACAAGGCCUCUACAGGCUCUGCAGGGGCGAAGGGUGGAGCUGGAGACAGCUCAACCCCCACCAUCAGGCCUGUCUCAGUCACGCAAGCAGAGCCUCAGGAACCCAGUGCCAAGCGCACCAUCACCCAGCUGCCCGCGACGACCAAGGAGGCCACGUCACCGGCCGACAGGGACUCGCACACACACCUGCCCGCUGGUCGGAGCCCUCAGACGCAACAAGAUGGAGACAACAGAGGCGGAGGAGAGGAACAGAGAGCGGGAGACGCUGCUGGCAGCCAUAGCAACACAACUCAGGUGGCAGAAAAGCGAAACCAGUCUUCAGACAGAUCUGUAACAGCGGCACACGGCAGUGAUGACCAACCAGCAGCUCCCGUCAGCACCGUUAACGGCCUCCAGACAGAUAACCAGCUACCUGUUGGAUUAGACAAGGAAGUGAACUCAGCCUCUCCUGAAACGCAGGGAGGUAGAACUGACUCUGAGCCACAGAAAAAGCCUGUUGAGCAGGAAUCAGAGCAGGAUACUCUGAUCUCCCAGCAGCAGCUUGAAUCAAAGGAGGCGGGCUCUAUAGCAGCUGUUGGCGUGGCAGCCAAACAGAGCCAGUCACCUGCUGAACCCCCGAGGCAGGGCAGUGGGGAUGGAGAGGAGAAGCGGGACCAGUCCAAGGAGGAGCCCCUUCUGGAAAUACAACAAGAAGUCCCAGAGCCCAUGGUCAACCUGCAGUUUUUGAAGAAUGACUCGUACGAGAAGGGCACCGACCUGAUGGUGGUGAAUGUUUACACCAAGGAGAUCUGCAGGGACACGGCCAGGGUCAUCUUCAGGGAACAGGACUUCACCCUCAUCUUCCAGACAAGUGAUGCUAACUUUCUGAAGCUUCAUCCAGACUGUGGACCAAACACAGUGUUCAAGUGGCAAGUCAAACUCAGGAACCUGAUCCAGCCCGAGCUGUGCAGCUACUCCUUCACCCCGUCCCGACUGGACAUCACCCUGAAGAAGAGGCACAGCCAGCGCUGGGGGGGUCUGGAGGCCCCCGCCAUUCAAGGUGCAGUGGGUGGAGCCAAGGUCGCUGUGCCCUCCAGCCCUACCUGCAUGGAGAAGAGUCAGCCGGGCAGCAGCCAGCACAGCCUCCCCACCAAGGACGAGCCACCCAGGGUCGGUGAGGAGAAACCCAAGCCCCCUAAAGCCUCCUCCAGAGUAGAUGAUGGAGGUCUGGAUAACGUGGCUCCUCGCUCCGUCUCUGAGCAUGUUGCUAUCACCAAGCAAGAGCCUGCUGUUACCACGCCUAAACCCACCUGCAUGGUGCAGCCCAUGACCCAUGCCGCUCCCGCCAGCAACGAGCGCCAUGAAGAAGAGGAGGAGAAGAAGGUGUGCCUGCCUGGUUUUACAGGAUUGGUUAACCUCGGAAACACCUGCUUCAUGAACAGCGUCAUCCAAUCCCUGUCCAACACCAGAGAACUCAGGGACUACUUUCAUGAUCGAGGGUUCGAGUCAGAAAUCAACUGCAAUAAUCCCCUGGGGACGGGAGGCCGGCUAGCCAUUGGUUUCGCAGUGCUCCUCAGGGCCCUUUGGAAAGGAACACACCAUGCCUUCCAACCCUCCAAACUCAAGGCUAUUGUGGCCAGUAAAGCCAGUCAGUUUACAGGCUACGCCCAGCACGAUGCCCAGGAGUUCAUGGCUUUCUUGCUGGACGGACUCCACGAAGACUUGAACCGCAUCCAGAAUAAACCUUACACAGAGACGGUGGACUCUGACGGGCGGCUGGAUGAGGUGGUUGCUGAGGAAGCGUGGCAGAGGCACAAGAUGAGGAACGAUUCCUUCAUCGUGGACCUCUUCCAAGGCCAGUUCAAAUCCAAGCUGGUCUGCCCCAUGUGCUCCAAGGUGUCCAUCACCUUUGACCCUUUCCUCUACCUGCCCGUGCCCUUACCUCAGAAACAAAAGGUGCUCUCUGUUUUCUACUUUGCUAAGGAACCUCAUAAAAAACCCAUCAAGUUUUUGGUGAGUGUGAGUAAGGAGAACUCCAGCACGGCAGAAGUCCUCGAAUCCAUCUCCAGGAAUGUCCGCGUCAAGCCAGAGAACCUCAGGCUGGCAGAGGUGGGUAAGAACCGCUUCCUGCGCAUGUUCCUGCCGUCCCACCCCCUGGACACGGUGUCCUCCUCCGACAUGUUGUUCUGCUUUGAGGUGCUCUCCAAAGACAUGGCCAAAGAGAGGGUGGUGUUGCUCCGAGUGCAGCAGAGACUCCAGGUCCCUAAUAUUCCCAUCUCUAAGUGUGCCGCUUGCUUGAAGCCUCCGGUGUCUGACGACGACAAGUUGAAGCGCUGCACACGCUGCUAUCGCGUGGGCUACUGCAACCAAGUGUGUCAGAAGAACCACUGGCCCCAUCACAAGGGUCUGUGUCGCCCCAACACAGAGAAUGUGGGCUUGCCUUUCCUGAUCAGCGUGCCGGAGUCCCGCCUCUCCUACGCCCGCCUCACCCAACUGCUGGAGGGCUACACCAGGUUUUCCGUCAACGUGUUCCAGCCUCCUUUCCAGUCAGACAGGACAUCCCCCGAAACACCCCAGUCCCGCGCUGACCUCCCCCCAAUGCCAGCAAGCUCUCCUGAGGGCCCUGGUUCAGGGGAUGAGGCUGUGGGUGGCAGCAGUGUAGUAGCAGCUGGUCAGGAGCUGGAGAGCCCCUCCCUGCUGCCUGAGUCCCUGGCAGAGUCCGCUCAGGCCUCAGCAGUCCACUCCGGGGACUCCCUGUCCUCCUCCCAGACCUCCCUCUCCACCACACGGACCGCAGACUCAGGAUUCUCUGAGCCGAUCUCCUCCUCUUCCUGCUGCUCUCUGGACCAUCAUGCAGAGAAAGAGACGUCUUGUGAGAAAGCAGUGCGGCCAGAAGCUGCAGUAACGGGCUAUCAGCAGCCUAGUGAGUCAGCCUCAGGUCACGCCAGUCAGUUCUACAUCGCUCUGCUGGACUCCAACAACAAGGAGCAGAGGCUGGAUGAAAGAGAAGACCUUCUUGCAGACCUCCCUGAAGACGCCACCCUGGAGCUGGUGUGGAAAAACAACGAGCGUCUGAAGGAGUACGUGCUGGUGAGCUCUAAGGAGCUGGAGUAUGAGGAGGACCCCGGCUCUCUGAGUGAGACGGCCCGAGCGGGACACUUCACCCUGGAGCAGUGCCUCAACCUCUUCACCAGGCCAGAGGUGCUGGCCCCAGAGGAGGCGUGGUACUGUCCAAAGUGCCAGCAGCACCGAGAGGCCUCCAAGCAGCUGCUGCUGUGGCGUUUGCCCAACAUCCUGAUCAUCCAGCUCAAACGCUUCUCCUUCAGGAGCUUCAUUUGGAGGGACAAGAUCAACGACAUGGUGGACUUCCCUGUCAGGAAUCUGGACCUUAGUAAGUUCUGUAUUGGCCAGAAGGAUGAUAUGCAACAACCCCCCAUCUACGACUUGUACGCAGUCAUCAACCACUAUGGAGGGAUGAUCGGGGGUCACUACACAGCCUACGCCCGCCUGCCCAGUGAUAAGAACAGCCAGCGCAGUGAUGUUGGCUGGCGUCUCUUUGAUGACAGCACCGUGACGAUGGUGGAGGAGAGCCAGGUUGUAACGCGUUACGCCUACGUCCUUUUCUACCGGCGACGAAACUCCCCCGUGGAGAGGCCGCCACGUUUCCUCAGGCCCGUAGGAGCAGAGUCGCCCGCGUCUGCAGGAGCCACUGCCAGCCAGGCCUCUCUAAUAUGGCGGGAACUGGAGGAAGAAGAGGAGGGGCUUGACGAAGGCCCCCGCGGACUGUUCCGCUCUCCACUGCGGAGGCGACAAGCGCCAAGGAACAGAGAUGAGGAAGAGGCGGACAGAAGCGAUGGGUCGGUGCGGCGACCCCGCAGGCAGAGGAUGUCGGAAUAUCCCGACGAUGACUGUGUGCGAUACUUUGUUCUGGGAACCGUGGCAGCGCUGUUCGCUCUGUUCCUUAAUCUGGUCUACCCUCUGCUGUACAGGGCCAACUGGGCCUGAGCCGGCUCAUUCAGAAGUGUGAAUGUCAGGUUAGAUAGGAUACUUCACCAACCAAUCCUCUUGUGGGAGUACUGAGUACUGCCUUCACAGGCUUCAGCUAGUUUUCAAUCUAACUAAAACUUGAAGUGUGUGUACAGCAUCACAUGGAUCAACCUUUAACAUUCUACUAAAGCAUAGGGCUAUCACUAUCAUGGCUAUAAUUCUUUAUUUAUUUUUGGGAACACUUUUUGUUAGGUUGAAGAGGAGCCAGGUUUAGGAAGCGCUUGAUUUGAUAAGCAGCAGAGUUUUUUUUAUAAGCAGAGCAUUUUAAACGUCAGCAGCAUAGUUGAUCAUGUUAAUUAAACCGUGCAGAGAUAACAUUGUAAGAUUUGAUUAAAUGUUAAGCCAUAUUUAGGUGCCUCUUGACCAGGGGAUAACAACAUAUCCUCUUUAGAAUAAAAACUGUUGUGCUUAAACAGAAAACUCCUCAGCUUUUGGUGCGUGCUAUAUUUGCCAAGAAAGCUACGGAGGACCUCUUGCACAGACAAAAUUACCUCAAAAUACAUCAGUGUCAUGUCAAAUUAUCAGGCAGGAUGCAAAAGCACAGCUGAUUUUGCAGCGUAAAACCGAGUGCUGGCUUCUUAGGUUCAAUAUAGCAUUCACUGAGGAAUGUAUUGUUUAAAUCGCCUACAUUUGCCAUCACCACUGAUUUGACAACCAGGCGGUUACUUGUUGCUUUUGAAGCUGCAGUAGAAUAAGUCUAUCAACACACAGCACUGGAACAUUGAGUGUACACCUUAACUACAUUGCCUCUUUGCAGUUUAUUGACUCUGGCUUCCGACACAUUUCCCAUGUUUAACUCAAAUUAUUUUAAAUAGUUCUCAGAAGAUGACAGCCUUAUCACCUACACAUCAUGGAGCUGUAUUAAAUCCUAACUCGAGGCAGUGAAAGAUGGUUUAGACCUUCAGAUAGGAUUUUUUAAAGAAGAAACCAUAGUUGUACAGGAAUUAAUCGAGUGCUUAGCCGAGCAAUGACAACAUUCUAGCCAGGCUAUUGUUGCACUACACUCUAAAGAGAAAUGGUCGCUACUUCCUGCAGUGUGAGCACGAGACUGCUGAGGCUCAGCAACUGUGUUUUAAUGUAAAUGUCUAAUCAUGAAGCAAAGAGAACCUUCGGUGUGACCAAUUGCUGUUGCCUUUUUAAAGUGCUUAAAUUGUUAUGGUCAUUUUUUGCAAUUUUUUCUCCUGUUCACUGAAUUUUUAGAUUUUUUUCCCAUGUUUUGUUUUUUUAUUAAAAUGCUUGUGUUAGUUGGUCCUUAUGUUUUUAUACAUUUGAAAGCCAUAUGGUGAGGAUCUUAAGUUCUCAGGAUGAAAUGUAGUAAACUAUGCGUUGCUUUUUUAAAUAUAAAAAGAUGAGAAAUUGACCGACAAUGCAUUGUUGUCACAGCUAAGUUAAACUAGGAGUGUGAUAAGAAAAACCGUCCACCUCUGAAUGUAUUUCAACGUGUUACUCUGUGGAAAGACUUUGAUUAUGGACAGAUUUUGGAGAUCAAAAACAUAAAUAUUGCAUUAUUUUACUUAAAUAGUAAUUAUCCUCUUUUCAAAUUAAAAGCAAAUCAGAAGAUGCUUCGUUUUUAUUAACAGCUUUAAAGUUGUGGAUACUUGUAUUGCAUCAUGAUCACCAGUUAAAACAUAUUAAAGAUUUUAGCUGUUCCUGAGACUCCAAACUGUCUAUGGAAGAUGUCUUUCCUCUGCUGCUGACAGGUGUGUGUUUGUGUGUGUCUCAGGGAAAUCCUUGUGUAAAGCGACAUGUUUGUCUUAAAUGCUCAGUGAAGCUCUGAGCACCGUGGAUACUUGACUCGGAUAUAUGCAAGGCUGACCUUUUUAGAGGUCCUUCUAUGGUUAACUCCUGCUCAACACACUAUGAUCUGUGUGAAGUCGCCAACAUAAACGGCAGCAGGAAUAAUGGAUGGUAUCGAAGACAGUUUAACAGCAGGUUUGCUGCUCUGCUUUUAAUCUUUUCAAUGCUUUUAUUUAUAUUUAUAUUUGGGGCUUUUGUUAAAUUGGUUGGAUUGGAAUGGACUGAAUGAUCAAUCUCAGUGGUUUCCAUGUGGAGCUCUGACUAUAAUUCCACUUCAAAUUUGAAUUAUGCUUUUUUUCAUGCAAAACUUAAGAAAAUGCUGUUUUCAGCCUCUCAUUGAUUGACCCCCCCCCCCCCCCUUUUCAAUAAUUAAAUGAAUAUAUUUGGGUUUCAUACAAAACAAGAGAUUUUAAGAUUAUUAUUUUUGACAUUUUCAAAAUCAAACAUUAAUCUAGAAUGUAUUUUCAUAUUAAUCCAUUGAGAAAAUAAAUGUUAGUUGCAGCCCUAUAUGGGUGUAGUCUGCUAUAAAAUGUAUAAUUGCAAGGAAUAAUCAUAACUUUUAUGGUCUCUCUGUAUGCUUGGAAUCACUGCAUUGUUGAUAACUUUAUUUGAAAUAAUAAUGUUUUUAGAUACCUCCAUCGAAAUGCUGCGUCCUAAUAUAUAUGUAUAUAUAUAAAUCACUGUUCUCCUUUUUAUGGAAAUAAAAUCUGCAUCUUUU